CACAGUUAUAUAAAACAGGCCUCCGACCCCAACGUCACACGCAGAGACAAGUGAUACUCCGAAGCUUGGCAGUCUUUUUAAGCGGCUCUUUGGCUUCUCCUGUACGCAGAAGGAGCAGGUAGGUUGAAGCAUCAUGAUUAUGUUCGUGGACUUGUUGCUGACGCUAAUCGACCUAACCUGCUCUAUCCUGAGCGCCAUCCUGCAGACUUUCCUCUCCCCGAGGCUUAAAUGCAUUGAUGGGGAGCUGUGUCUGAUCACGGGAGCCGGGGGCGCGCUGGGUCGCCUGUUCGCCCUGGAGUUUGCCAAAGAGGGUGCGCACCUGGUGCUGUGGGACUGCAACGCAGCUGCCAACGAGCAGACUGCCAAGCUGGUGCGGGAGCUGGGGGCUCAGGUGCGCACGUACACAGUGGACCUGUCCAAGCGUCAGAGUAUUUAUGAGAUGGCGAACAGGGUGAGAGCAGAGGUCGGGUAUGUCUCCAUACUGGUCAACAACGCAGGCGUGGUGGCUGGACGGAGGUUCCUGGACUGUCCAGACGAGCUUUUGGAGAGGACUCUGCUAGUGAACUGCCACGCGCUGUUUUGGAUGACAAAGGCCUUCCUGCCUCACAUGAAAGAACAAAACCAUGGCCAUAUUGUAACCGUCGCCAGCGCACUUGGACUGUUCAGCACCGCCUGUGUUGAGGAUUACUGUGCUAGCAAGUUUGGAGCUGUUGGAUUCCAUGAGUCACUGACACAUGAGCUGAUUGCAGAAAACCUGAAUGGCAUCAAAACCACUUUAGUGUGUCCCUAUAUCGUGGACACAGGGAUGUUUGCAGGCUGUGAAAUCAGGGAGGAGCUUCGAAGCCUAAUCCCACCCCUUGAGCCCCUCUACACCGUGCAGCAGUCUAUGAAAGCCAUCCUAUCAGAACAGCAGAUGAUCUGCAUUCCUCGUCUUAUGUACAUCCCCUUUCUUGCAAGAGCCAUGCUGCCUUGGGAGGCAAAUGUUGCAACAUAUCGCUUCAUGGGAGGGGACAAGUGCAUGCUACCAUUCAUCAAGAACACUGAAAUGAAGACAUCCAGUGGCCACAUCAAAUCCUGCUAACUUUUCUGUGUCUUUAUAAUCCUGAUAGAGCCAUGAAAACCCCCACAGCUUAUACAGUGUAUUAUGAAAUGCAAGACACUGUUCUGCAUGUUCAUUUUUCCCUGGACUUCCCAAACACAAUAUUGUAUUAAGCAUUUUGUCAUGAAUGUUGGGCCAUUUAAAGUAGAAAUGAGCUGUAGCUAAUGCUAAAGGACCUCACAAAAGAAAUAAAAGCAAUUCACAGCAGUGUAGACAGAAUAACCAGAGAUACUGCAGUGAUAACAGAUCAAUACAAGUGCCUCUUUUUAUUCACAUUAACAAACAGUGCGGAAACAAAAACUAGACAUUACAAAUCUAAGGGAAACAUGCAACAGAAAAAUAUUAAGCUUUAUGUUUGAGCCACAGACCUCAGAAACUGUAAAAAGGAAUUCAAACAUACAAAAGAAAUGAUUGAAACCCUCUUGUUUGAAUGAGAUGUUCAGCAUUCCACAUUACUGUUCAUUUUUUUUUUUUUACAUGUUGUAACUGUUGCUUCUGAAAUAAACUGAUAAGUGCUUCACAACAUCACAUCCAAAUCCCUGUUAGGCUUUGCCACAGCAAACAAAAGGCCCAAAUACGCAAUUCAGUUUUGGUCGUGAUUU